AUGCCUUAUCGACUGUAUGUCUUCGGCAGCAAUGGCGAAGGCCAACUCGGGAUUGAAGCAGCGGAUAUAGUCCAGAAUCCCACAAUCGCGCAUUCUUGGCCUGCAGAGAAAGGCAUCAGCGCUCUCUGCGGUGGCGAUAACCACACACUUGUCAUUGCCUCCGACGGUUCGCUGCAUCAUGCAGGCAGUACUGAGAAGCUUCAACUGGGUCCCGUACCAUCCGGAAAACCAACAAUUUGUCAUUUCCAGAGGACUGAUAAGCUAGGUAUCAACUUUUGCGCGGCUGCUUGCGAAUCUUCUGCCUAUAUAAGAAAUGGAGUCCCUAACAUGGCCGAUGGCUCAACCGUUACGAUCGUCUCAAUUGAAGGCACAGAUCACUGGGGCGAGGGGGCCUUCAGCGCACUUGAAUUACCUCAGACCACGGUUGACUUUGCUGCUGGUAAUUGGCAUUACGUUGCCAUCAUGUCCAAUGGCGACGUGCUAGGCUGGGGCAAGUCUAGACUCGAUCAGCUUGGGCCGAGAUUGUCAGCACAGCAGAAAAUCACGGAGCCUACCCUAAUUAAAGAGGACAUCCCCUUUCGACCUGUCAAAGUGGUGUGCGGCAAAGAGUUCACAUAUCUGGUCUCAGAUCCUUCCACGGGCGAACACCAUCUGCUCGGGCGAGACAAGUUCUCCCUACGUAGCUCCAUGCCAGGAGACAUCAAAGACUGGAAACAAAUCGGAGCAACAUGGCACGCAAUAUUUAUCUUAUUUCGAAACGGGAGCCUUACAGCCUGGGGUAAAGAGAACAUGUGGAAGCUGUUGCCUACCGAUCUACCCGCUAUAGAACAGAUGGCAGUCGGCAGCGAACACGUCCUCGCUUUGACCAGAGAUGGAAAGCUCAUCAGUUGGGGCUGGGGCAAGCAUGGCAACUGCGGUAACCUGACAGAGCUUGGUGAUGAGGUGAAGAAUGAUAUGGUGAGCGGCAUCUGGAACGAAAUCGACAUACCUGGGACGAUCAAAUUCAUUGGUGCGGGCUUCUGCACGAGCUUCGUGCUUGCGGAAAUUGUGGAACAAUGA